UCUUGAAUAUUAUUUUUAUUUCUUAGGUAUCAAGAAGAAUUACCAAAGAUUUUAGCGGCGCGUAAAGAGCGUCAAAUCCGGCAUGAUGAGUUGGUACAGAUAACUAAAUGGAAAUUAUGGCGAACCAAAAAUCGUGCAGGUUUAUUGGAUCUUGUACGAAUGAAUACAGAAACUGCAGUUAAAGCAGUAUCCACCAAAGCUUUCAAAAAAUGUCCAACGAAUCUCCAUGGAGCUAUUUCAGCAUUGGUCAAUUUAAAAGGGAUUGGAGUUGCUACCGCAUCAGCUAUUUUAUGUGCUUAUGCUCCCGAGAUUUGUCCUUUCAUGGCGGAUGAAUGUUUAAUGUCAGUUCCAGGAAUAGAAAACACCAAUUAUACCGUAAAUGAAUUUAUUGCUUUCGCUGACCAAAUUAAAGUCGCCUGUGACAGACUACAAGCCGAAGAUCCCACUGCUAAAUGGACUCCACAUAAAGUAGAAUUAACUUUAUGGACACAUUAUUGGAUUAAAGAAAUGAAACUUAACUUAUUGGAUAAUAUGCCUACUCCUGAUGGAGUUGCAAAUGAGAAUGAUAAUGAAAAAGAUGAUGAUGAUUUAAAGAAUGGUAAUGGUGAUUCUCAUACAAACGGUGGAGGUGAUAAAGUAUUAGAUGAUGAUUCCAAUAUAUCUGUACCUGUAUCUAAUGCCUCCGAAGUAGAAGAAAAGAGUAAUGAUUCAACUAAAGAUGAUCUAGAUGGAGAUUCAAGAUUAGGACGAAAUGAUAAAAAUAAUGGUAGCGCAUAUAACUGCAUCGAAGAUAGUAAAGAUGGUUUAGGUCUAUGUUCAGAUGAUAAUUCACGACAACAGAUUAUAACAAAUGGAGACAACAGUAAUCUAAGUUACUCUAAUUUAAGUUCAGAUGAUUUGAACAACAGUACAGCUGAAAAUACAGCCGACGCACCCACCAACUCUACUAUUUUAACUCCAACAGCAACACCAACCCCACCGACCACCACAACAACAAUCACAACAAACAAUAAUGGACAUGUGGCCAAUGGUGAAAGCUGUAACGAUGAUCACAAUGUUGCUGAUAAUGGUGAUACAAAAAUUAGCGAAAUUAAAAAGUCUGAAAAUAAUUCUUUAGAGGAAAAUGUUAUAACCGAUAUGGAUACCCUCUCUAAAACAACAACUAAUGCUACUGCUAUUAAGAGACCUGUGGAGGAGAUUACUAAUGAAAUCAAAGGAAGCGAAGAUAAUGGAUCGUUGGAGAAGAAAUCCAGAAUCGAAUAAUUGUCAAUAUAGACAUCUUUUUUGCUUUUCUUUAUCUUUAUUCUGCGUUAAUCAUUCGUAUACAUCUUCUAAAUUUAUUAUUAUCAUGACUAAAAUGCAAAAAAAAUAUUGAAGGCAAAUCUAAUGUUCUCCGACAUCUCAACUUAACAUCAAAUCAUUAUUCUUCAUGUGGACAUUCAAAUCUUAUUGACAUUUCACUCUUGUUUCCCUUCUCUUUCUUUCUCUUUCUUCACACACGCAAAUCACAAAACAUUCAACACACAACACAUCAUAAAUCUAUUCACAAAAAAACACUCAUUUCUUAGUAUGUCUUUUUAUACAUAUGCUUGUUCUCUAUCUUUCUAUUUUUCACUCUUUUUUUGAGAAGGAAAAAAACAAAAAUUAUCAUCUUUUCAAGGAAACGCAAAGAAACUCAAGAUAUCUCAAUCGUCAUCUAGCCUGGAGUUAAAGAUCAAAAUUAUUUACUCCAAUAAUUUGGCAUAAACUCUCAAUGACCUUACUAAUCAACUUUUUGCUUUUUGCUUUUUCUUUAUUGUUCCACCAAAAUGUGUAUAUUUCAUUUGAAAUGAAAUUUGCAACAAUUGAUUGAUUCGUAGUUGAUGAUAAAUUAAUUUAUAUUGUAAUUCAACCUGCUGAUUCCACUCAUUUAAACUGACCAACAAUUCGCCGGACAAAAAAAACACAUUUUCCACGAAAAUAAAAGGAAAUUGGUUGAAAUUUUGUAAAAUGGAAAAAUCUGCUUAGGUACUUUUUCUUUAAAGAAAGGUGCCUUCUCUUGCUCGCUCUUUGUCUAAUUACAAUCUUGACAUUCACUUCACAAUCAGUUAAUUGGAAAGACAAUUGCCUACCAGUAAAAUCUCAUCUGAUGAUCCAAAUCACAUCUAUUUACUCCCUGUCUUUACACUUCUCUUCCCAGUCAUCCGAACUGGUUCUUCCUCUCUAACAAUUUCAUGUUCAGUUACACACUGCUACGUUUCAUUCCUGUUAACGACCUUUCCAUCUUAGCCUUCUUCAACCUUUCUUUCUCCCUCUAAUCCUCUUUCUUACCUUUCUUGCUGGCAACAACAAAUCUUCAAUCUUUAGUUAAUUCCGCUCUUUUUCAGCUCACAUUUUCCCAUCACUUCAUACAUUUCAACUUUUUUCCUUCUGUUAUCCAUUUCAACCUGUAAAACUGCAACAAUUUGCAGCUAUUCACCAUAAACUGAGCAUCCAACCACCAUUGUAAUUAACAGAUGAAACAUCACCGUCCAUUUAAUUGUAAUUUGUAAAUUGAUUCAUAGCUAUCAUUUGAAACUUUUUUGUAUUUUGUUUCGUUUUGCUCUGGGCUUAUUGUAAAAUAUAGCUUAACAACCAACAAGUAAGCCAAGAUUGCUUGAGUCUAUCGGUUUACAGACUUUUUAAUUUAACCAAUUACUUCUUUUUUUUCAUCUAACUCUUUCACGGUGAUUAAUAAAUUGUGUUUAAAUUUGUCAAGAUCAACUGGAAUAAUAAAAAGUUACAACAAA